CCUUUAAACAGCGACUCUUGCGCCGGCUGGAAAUGGUCGCUUGCGCAGUCGACUGUGGAAUUUACUGAGGAAAAAGAAAACAUUAGCUAGCUGCUAACAGUGAAAUACACUAACAUUUUAGCCGAACACAGCCAACAAACGAAGACGACUGAACAUGACACAUAUUAAGGUAGCUAAUGAAGCGGAAAGAUGUCAUAAAAAAUAAUAUUCCAGUCACCUGGGUUGUAUUUAUGUUUGUGUGUGAUUAGACGCUAACAGCUAGAAGCUAGUUAGCAGAUCGCUAAGGAUAACUCAACAGCUAAUACAACUUUAUGAAAAAUAUUUCUCUGCAGGGGUAAGUGAGGCGUAUCGUACCCCGUCCUAGGAUGGACAGCUAUUUUAAGGCUGCUGUCUGUGACCUGGACAAGCUUUUGGAUGACUUUGAACUCAAUGCAGAGGAGCUUGAGAACAAGACCACCACUUUAACAAGCCCUCCUUCUCUGGACGCCACAAUCGUUCCUGGUCACCAUUUGGACGUUCAGAGCUUCAUACCAGAGCAACACACGGCCUCGCAAACACUCCCAGAUGUCAAUGCCCUGCACUAUGGACUUAAAUCACAAAGUAUUACCUUUAACCAGAAAGAUUCUUAUUCAAAUGAACGGCCGCUCACAGGUGUGGACCUCCUGUCCUCCGUUGAUAGCAGAGGCAUUAAAAGUUCGGCUCCUCCUUGUCCGGACCGCUCCUUGAAGCCGGUGUGUGAUCUGGUGAAUGAUACGGGUUCUGCAAACCUCCAGCAAGCUGAUAGUCAGGAGGACUUUAAAGAACAGGACGUUCCUGAGAAACAAACUAACGAGGAGCUGCUAGUGGAUUUCGAGAGUCCUGUAGUUUCUUGUCCAGAAGAUGCUUCCAACGCCGGUGAAUUACCAAAACAUGACUCUGAGGUUAACUACAACUCAUUCAGCCUGCUAGAUGUCAUAUUACCGACUGUUGGUGACCCUCAUGGAUUAAGUAGCAUCACUCCUUUGGAGUGCAGUCGAAUUGAAAGUCCUGAAGACUCAAACUCCAAUGAUCAGAACAGUUCUCCAUGUGAAGUCUCAGUAAACGAGGAAGUUAGUCAUUCAGAUCCUCAAGCUACAGAUGAAGCUGUUUCAGUAACCAGUAAAGAUCACGUUGUGUCGCUCCAGCCGGAUUUAUCAGAUACACAACUACCUGAAGAUCUCAGUGUUAAAACUCCAGAGGAUCCAGAUGGAAGUCCCUCCUUGGAGAAGGAAACUUCUCUGUCUUGCUUGCCGAUGGCUGUUUCUAUGUGUGGAUCCCUUGUGGCAUCUUUAGACCCACAGGCAGCAGUGAUUGAAACCAAAGAUGUGGCUGAACUGGAAAAAAAAUCAGCGAUUCAAGAGGCUGAAGAGUUAAUUCUUCCGUUAGAAGAACCCUCAACACCGUUCUCCUCCAAUAGACCUGAUUCCUCACCUGAAGAUGAACCUGAGCUUGUCCAAAUCAUGUCGAACACAGAAAGAGCGACUGCUGUCUCGGGCCAUUACCCUGAAAGAAACUUUAAGCGCAAUUUGUCACCGACAGAAAAACAGUUUCCUUCUCCGCCCUAUUCAGAGAGUCCAAAUUACUCCUACGAUUUAAGUAUCGCGAACGAUUACCUUCCUGAAAGCGACCAGACUGUGAUGAUGGUCACGGACGAGGAGCUGGACGCCUUUCUGAUGGGUCAGGGUGUGGAGAUCAACUCCGACGCAGAAAAAUUCGCAGAUGACGGCUUUUCAGAAUUGAACGAUAACGUGGAAGGCUUUUUAGACGAGGAGCUGCAGAGCUGCAAAGUUGAGACGUUUGCUUCUCCUGAGAGCGAUGGAUCACUUCAAUAUCUGGAGGAGAGCGAAGGUUCGAACGUUUCUUCCUCAUCUCAGGACAGCAGCCCGCUGAGGACAGACGCCACACAAACUAUUAGCCAUGAAACUGCAACCAGCCCUGUUGAGAUUCAGUCAGUUUGCACCCCUCACCAAGAGUCAAAUUAUGGCGGGGCGAGACCAAAGCAGUUGUCCAACCGAACCGCACGCGCACGGCCUCCAUCUGAAAGACACCGGACUAGUCAUGCUGAACCCAAUGUGUCAUGCCUUUCUUCAGAGAAUGGCUCACAGGUUUCUCCUUACCAAGAUGAAAAUAACUGUGAACCCCCUUCUUAUCAGCAAUAUGAUACCAGUUACAGCCACGAUGAGCUUUCAGAGCCUCCACCGUACCCAGGAGAGAGUCCUGAUCCACCAGGACACGAGGCCGAGGAUCUGGGGUCAAAGCAGCCUCCGUGGGUCCCGGACUCUGAGGCUCCUAACUGCAUGAACUGUGAGCAAAAGUUUACCUUUACCAAGAGGAGACACCAUUGCAGAGCAUGUGGGAAGGUGUACUGUGCAAACUGCUGCAACCGCAAAUGCAGACUGAAGUAUCUGGAUAAAGAGGCCAGGGUUUGUGUCAUCUGCCAUGCUACCAUACAGAAAGCUCAAGCCCAUGAGAGAAUGAUGAGCCCUACUGGGCCCAGUCCCAAUCCCAACAUCCCAUCAGAGUACUGCUCCACCAUACCACCCAUGCAGCAGGCCCGCGCCGCCGGCACCCUCAACUCUCCCCCACCCACCGUCAUGGUCCCCGUGUCUGUCCUCAAACACCCCGGUUUUCCACGUGAGCAGAAGCAUGUGUGGUUUGCUGAUGGUAUCCUGCCGAACGGUGAGGUCGCAGACACCACCAAACUCUGUGUACAGACCCGGAGAUCGUCUCAGGAGUCGAGUCCAGUAACACCAGACCCGCCGGGGCCUGAUGCUAUAUUGCCUGGUGAGUGUGGUGAGUGUGAUGAGAGCGCAGGAGGAAGUUCUGACAGCGCUGUGGAGGCGAGCCGUCCGCCCGUCAGAGGUCCGUGGGACUACGGCCUGCUCUGUGCGGUGGGCAGCUGUGUGCAGAGAGCGGUCAGUCUGGUGCCAGAGGAUGAUGAAGGUCUGCCUCCUCUGCUCAUUACCACAGGAGAGGAGGAAGAUGGGGAUGUAUUAGUUGAGGAACGUCCUGCUGCUUGCCAAAUAUUCCUGCUGUUGGAAGAGGGAGGCCCACAACCUCUGACCUUUGUGCUCAACGCCAAUUUACUGGUGAACGUCAAGAUCGUCACAUAUGUUGGGAAGAGGUGCUGGUGCCUGAGCUCUAAUGGUCUUCAGGGAGUGGGCCAGAAGGAGCUGGUGUUUAUAAUCGAGUGUCUCCCAGAGGAGAACAGCCUGCCUAGAGACGUAUUCAGUCUGUACAUUAGUUUAUACCAGGAUGCACAGAAAGGGAAGUUCAUCGAGCACCUUGGAAAUGUGACGUUCACUGACAGUUUCCUGGGCAGUAAAGAUCACGGGGGCGUCCUGUUCUUCACUCCAACCUUUCAGCCGCUGGAUGGUCUUGCUCUGCCGCAGGUCUCGUUCCUCUGCGGUGUUUUGAUCCAGAAACUAGAGGUUCCCUGGGCUAAAGUGUUUCCCCUCCGACUGCUGCUCGCUCUGGGGGUGCAAUACAAUGUGUAUCCCUGUACUUUGGUGAGCGUGCGUUUCCGUGACUCAGUUUUUAAAGAGACGGGACACACCAUCAUGAAUCUGCUUACAGAUCUGAGGAACUACCAGUACAGUUUACCGGUGGUGGAAAAUCUGCGCGUGCACAUGGAGAUGGGCAACAGCUACAUCGACAUUCCCAAGUCCAGGUUUAAUGAGAUGCUGAAGGUGGUGAACUCCUCUAAUGAGCACGUGAUCAGUUUCGGCGCCUGUUUCAGCACUGAGGCCGAUUCUCACCUGGUUUGCCUGCAGAACGAGGAUGGAAGCUACCAGACGCAAGCCAACAGUAAACCAGGAAAAACCAGGAGAGUGACUGGAGCUAGUUUUGUGGUUUUUAACGGUGCUCUGAAAGCCUCAUCAGGAUUCAUUGCCAAAUCCAGCAUUGUGGAAGAUGGGUUAAUGGUGCAAAUCCCUCCGGAGACCAUGGAGGGUUUGCGACAGGCCCUCAGGGACCAGACAGACUUCCAGAUCCCGUGUGGAAAAGCAGAUUCGGAAGAGACACGGGAAAACGUGAAUGUACGCUGGGUGGACUGGACCGCACCUGUCAACACUGGAGUCACCAGUCCGGUGGAUGGCAAGUCUCUAGAAGGAGUGUCCAGCGUCAAGAUCCAGCAAGACUCAGAGUUUGAGAUGGACGGCCGAAGCAUCAGGUGUACUGAGGUCUUCUAUCUGUUGAAGUCUUCAGACGUCUCUCUGUCUGCUGUCCUCACGUCAUCGGCUCAGUUUCAGAGAGAGAUCGCCACGGCCAGCUGCGCUGCUCUCUGUCCGCAUCUCUCUGUGCUCAUGGCCAAUGGAUUUAACUCUCUCGCUCUCCGGGUCUCCACCGACACAGACAUGGUUGAGUACCAGGCUGGCUCUGGUGGCCGCCUCCUGCCUCAGAAGUACAUGAAUGAUCUGGACGGGGCUCUAAUUCCUGUCAUCCACGGAGGAAGCUCCUGCGUCCCCCAUCAGGCCAUGGACAUGGAGUUUUUCUUCUUCAUCUCACUGAGCAUUUGAACUCUUGAGACUUACAAACUUUCCAGCCACAGGCACCCGUCAGACCAAUGAAUCACAGACAGAUAGACAGACUCCGUAUCUGAUCUCUGACAAGGUAUGGAGAGUUUGAUGCUUUUUAGAGGAAAAGGGGGCGAUCCCUGUAUUAGCGAUCCUUUAGAAUAAAGAAAAAGGUCUUGGAUCAGCAACAAAAAUAAAAAUGUGAGAACUACGCUGAAGUUUGCUUCUUCAGUCUUGUUUCCAGGGUCUGAUGCUGAUCAGUGAAUGUUAGUUUGAAUGCAAACAGAAUUGUUUAUGUAUGACUACAAUGUCAGAUAUACUGGUAAUUAUAAUUGUUACUUGAUUACACACACUGCAACUGAGAAUAUGAAGUGCUGUUUCUUCAAGUCUAUUUUAUUCUGUGCUGGAAUCUGUUUUUCCCAUCCAUCAUAAUUUACCAUAUGAAGUAGCUUCAUGUGGACUUAAGAAUCCAUAUGAACGUUUUAUGUACUAAUUAUUGUACUUUUUUUAAGUACUGCGUCUUCUGAUUAGUCAUUUUUCUCGAUCUGUAAAAUACACAGGAUGAAAUGCACCUAGGGUUGAUUGUUUAAAACAUGAAGAUGAAAUCAUCUGCUAAUUCGAUUAAGCUUUUAUUAAGCUUAAAUACUAUUUUUGGAGCAGACAGUUCAUGUGUUGAUUGAAAGUGAUAUUUUUAUAGGGCAUUGAAAUUAAAAAUUAUUAUACAUUCUGCUAUUAUAACCCCAAAAAACGUAAUGAAAUGCUUGUGAAAACAUUGUUUCAAACCAGAUAUUAUAUUUACCGGAAAAGUUCAGAGUAAAGGACGAUAGGAUGAUCUGAAUGAAAUGCUUUGCUUUAACAUUUAUAUAAUUAUUUUCACACUACUGCAUUAAUUAAACAAAAGCUCAUUUAUUGAGAUCUUUAAAUGGCUUUAUUUUACUAUUAUUUUAUUUUAGUGGACAAGCCCCAUCUGUUAACACUAUAAAUGUGUUGUUGGUGUGUCCAGCCAGGAAUUGAAGGAUCCUUAGAGCUUUAAAUGUUGGCCUGAUAUCAACACAUCUGAACACUUUCAAAGAUUUUUAAUAAAUCAAUAAAAAUGUCAACCCACAAUAAUGCGAAUCAACAAGGCUGACAAAUGUCCUCAAUAUACUCCAGGCAUUAAAAUAUCUUUAACUGUUUGACAGAUUGAAGAAUUAUGAAAUAUGCCGGAUGGCGUUUCUGAAUUAAGUAGCUAUUUUAUAAAUGCAAUAACCUUGAGUUCUUUCUCUAGGCUGUGAUCCUAUAAUUUUACCUUGAGCUUAAAAUGUACCUCAACCCUGCAAAACAAAGCUUUUUUUUUUCCCUCAAAUGAAUUCUGAUUAUAUUAAUGUCAAGUUUAUGAAAUCAUUACUUUUUAAAGGCUGCAGCUUAACAAAACCUAAAUUCAUUAACUUGCCAAAUGCACUUUUAUUGUGGUUCGUGAAAGCAAAUUACAGGGCGAGUGAUUGUUUCUUAUUUUUUCUUCAGUUUUUCUUCAUGGUGAUAAAACAGACCAUAAGCAGUGAUGAAUCUGUUUAUUUGAUACAUUGACUGGUAUAUUAAAAUAAUCUGAAGGCUUCUAUAAUUCUGUCACAAACCAAAUAUAAAUGUUCUUAAGAUACAAGUGAUUAUUGUGGAAGGAUUGAGCAUUUUAUAGACAUCUCAGAUCCUUAUUUGGGCUUUGUGGAAUAUUUUGGGAGUUAAAUUACUUUCUCACUGUUACUGAUCAAUUAAAUCAUCAGUAUUUUUAUGCUUUACAAAAAGCUGUUGAAAUGUACCAGUUUGCGUAAUGUAUAUCUAUUUAUUCAUGAAAACCAGAUUUAUUUGAUGAAUGAUCUGGUAUGGGACCUAAGGAUGUUCUUCAAAACAACAUUCAUUUCUAAUAUGUAUCUCAUGUAGAAUAAAACUUUUAUAAGUAUGCAAA